GCGAGCGUGUGCGCUGUCCAGGCUCUUGUCUGCGUUCUGGACUACAAGCUAGGGAAGAACCGGUAUGUAUAGUUAGCUAAUUGUGAACGUUUUAGUUUUAAAUAUUAGCCCUCAGGUCGAAAUGGACGCUCUCCUCUCCCUGCUCUUCUCCUCGGAGGAAGAGGAGCUGUACAUGUUGGACCGCAUGGCUUACCUCAUGUUUUUAAUGGCAGCCUGCACUUUUAUUACUUUGCUGUUUGAAAAUGUUCCUUACGGGCGGUAUGCUACAAGCAAGUAUGGAUUUCCAGUUAACGCCAGGUUCGCCUGGUUCGUCCAGGAGCUGCCAGCCUUGCUGCUCCCUUUGUGUCUGCUACUCCGGACAUCUUCUUCUAAGACGUCUUUACUAUCUAAUCAGCUCCUCAUUGCCAUGUAUUUCUUUCACUAUGUCCAGAGAGCCUGCAUUUAUCCAUUUUUAAUCAGAGGAGGGAAAGCGACACCGUUCGCUUCAUUCGCCCUGGCCUUUGUGUUCUGCUGCUAUAAUGGCUUCAUGCAGAUCAGGUACCUGAGCCAUUAUGCUGAGUACCCAGCAUCCUGGGUUACACAUCCAUGCUUCCUCAUUGGCUCGGUACUGUGGUUCGUCGGCUGGUUUAUAAAUGUACAAUCUGACCACAUCCUUAGGAACCUGAGAAAGCCCGGAGAGACUGGUUACAAGGUUCCCAAAGGCGGCAUGUUUGAGUACGUGUCUGGGGCCAACUUCUUGGGCGAGAUAACAGAGUGGGCUGGCUUCGCUCUGGCUGGUCACUCUGUUCACAGUGCAGCCUUCGCCAUCUUUACCGCAGUGGUCCUCGCUAGCAGAGCUGUGGCCCACCACAAAUGGUACCUUGCCAAGUUUGAGGACUACCCUAAAAGCAGGAAGGCGUUGAUUCCCUUUCUGUUCUAGAAAACUGGACACCUUGAAAGGUAAUGUGUUCUCCUGCAACGGCAAAGAACAUUCCCGUGAUCAUUUGCCUAAUUUAGAAAUUCUCUAAUGUUGCAACAAACCUUGAACACAGCUUAUUUUUUUCCACUGAAAACAAGCUCACUCUAGGUGUGAAGAAGCGAUAGUUAAAAGUCACCAUCUCAGAAAGGUUUUUAUCAUUUCUGUUACAUUGGUAAUAACAUCACAAAGCACCAAGGAACCUCAACAAGCAUGGACUGAAUGUGCUGGAAGUGUUGCAUUUGCAGGAGAGGCGGCAUUCAGCUCUCCUCCAGAGGAAAUAAAGGUUGUGAAUGGAGUAGCUCCAUGGUAAUAUAUGGGAUUUAUGACACUCUACAGCAGCAGUAAACAGCUUUAAGACUCUCCUCCUGCUCUGCAUAUUCUCCCAGUUGGAACAUAAAGUUGGAAAUGCAAAGCAGACAUUUAAAAUGGUCAUUUUAUCCUCAAGAUUCAGCUGUUGCAAAUCUUUUUAACGUCGAUUCGCAUCAAAUAGAUGAGUUCUGAAUUAAGUAGAACGUGUUUUCUACUGGAUUUUGCUCUGGGUGUCAUCUACUGACCUCGUCAUCUCAAAGUCCUGAAAGAGAAGCAACUUUGUGAAUGUAACUGCAUAUCUGGACUUAAAAAGACCGAGACUUGCAUCAGGCCUGUCCCCCACUCAUGGACUGCGGGGACAGAGAAUGGAGAUCAAGCACAGGCGUCAAUAAGUCACCCAUGCCUGAAAUUAGAAAAUAAGAGUUGCCCCAAAACAUGCCCCAUGCUGGGAGUUUCUCAGAGAGAUGGUGAAGAAGUGGAGAAGAAAUUAGAGAAAAAUAUUGGCCAGGUGAAAGCAGGAGGACAACGCGUGCUGAAUGAAUAAAGCUGUGCGAGAUGUGUUUUUGAAGGGAAGAACUGGAAGUAAAGACAGGAACAGGAAAUAUUGAACUUGUCUCUUUCGCUCCAUUACUGUUUCAUUUUUGUUACUGUGAGUCAUAAUCUUGUCAGUGUAAGUUAAGACUUUUCUUAAAUCAUGUCAUGGUUUGUUGGUACUCAGAAUUUCAUGUGCCCUUUUUUGGGUGGGUUUUAAAAAUUACUUUUUAUUCAAAAGAAGUACAGUUAUCUUUAAAGUUUGCUCACUCAUUUCCUGAUGAAGUAAUUUUCCUGUCACAACUGAGGUCAUGUCUUUAGGAAUUUUAUAAAGGGAUUUUUACACUUUGUCACCAAUAAAUACUUUGACUGCUGCGUCUGCGUGUGAUGAUAAAUGAUGGCUGCUUUGCAGAGUGACAUCCUUCAUGCCCCCACCUUCUCUCUCUUUUUUCCAGGGUGUUUUUUCUAGUUGUGCAUCCUCUGUCUGGGCUCCUUGUAAUUGCAUCACUAUAUUACACAGACACUAUUUACAACUGAGCGUGCCAUUUGCCUGUAAUGCCAUUCAUCUUCAUGCACUGUGUAAUGGCUUGUUGGUCCCAAACUUUGACACACAGGCCUUGGAUACAAGUAAUAUUUAAUAUACGCAUGCUAUAUAAUUUAAUGUAACGUGGAAAAGCAACUAUGCAGCAUUAACAACCUUCAGCCUUUAAGACUGUUGCAUGCAAACAAACACACAUAUCUGUGCUAGAAAAGUAAAAUAACAAGCCACUGCUGCAUGUUCUGCCCGUCUUGCAAGCCAUAGACUGUAUAUAAAAGAUGGACACAGCUUUCCGAUGUGAAAAGUGAAGCCAGCCUGGAAGUCUACUUUCAAGAUUUAUUGAAAACAAUAAGCUGUUCAUUUUGUAAACUGUGGACCCAAUAAGAGGGAAAAAAGGAUAAAGCAUGAAAUGUUUAUGACUGGAUCAACCUUGUGAUUGACAAGUCUCUAUUGUAUGAGUGACCAUUAGAAGCUACAGUGAAAAUGACGAAGGGUUCAAAACAGUCAAGUCCAGCUGAUAAGUUAGCGAUCCACCCUCUUCUUCAAAUAUGGCCACUGCUGGCUAUAAAAGGGGGAAAACCAACAUGGCAACAUGGACUCCUAAGCCAGCCGGUAAUGUAAUAGCUGCUUUGGUUAUUUAUUUGUUUAUUUAUGGCUCCAGUCUUGCCUCCCACAGAUAGGACUAGACUUUGUACAGGUUCUCACAAGACAAAAUAUUAUGUCAAAGUCUGAAAUUAAA